AGAGUUUUGGGGAGACGUGGCCAAAGACUUCUUCUGGAAGACCAAACACACGGGUCCGUUCCUCGAGUACAACUUCGACGUGACUAAAGGUGAAAUCUACGUGAAGUUUAUGGAGGGAGCGACGACCAACAUCUGCUACAACCUGCUGGACCGCAACGUCCACGACAGGAAGCUCGGAGAUAAAGUGGCCUUUUACUGGGAAGGAAAUGAACCUGGUGAUGAGAUGACGGUGACGUACAGAGAGCUGCUGCAGAGAGUCUGUCAGUUUGCCAACGUGCUGAAGUCACAAGGAGUGAAGAAGGGCGACCGCGUGUCCAUCUACAUGCCGAUGGUGGUGGAGCUGGUGGUCGCCAUGUUGGCCUGCGUCCCGCAUCGGAGCCGUUCACUCCAUCGUGUUUGCAGGUUUCUCUGCUGAGUCUCUGUGUGAGCGGAUCCUGGACUCUCAGUGUUCG